CUUUAGUUCAUGAAAGUGCUAAAGUGCACCUCCUGUACCUAACUCCCCUCCUCCUCCUUAACAUACACAUAGUCACUAACCCUUCUAGCCUUUACUUAGCUUAGCUAAGCUAAUUUAACCUUCCACGAGCCGACAACGUCUCCUGGUCAGUUAAAGGGAGCCGUUUGUAGCCCUCGAGCGCGCUUUCAUGCCUCGUUUGUUGCUGGCGCUGUCACUCUGUCAGCUGUGGGCUACUGUCCUCCCACCUCCAGGUAAACACCGGCCAACCCCAUGAAGGCACCGCCGCUGUCCCCUCACUCAUGGAGACCAGUUGAAUAACACACAGCGACCGCGUGGAGCCCGAGGCACCAUGGAUCUCUUAGCCCCUGCUGCAGUGUUAACCCUCCUUCUCUGACCUCUCCUCCUCCCCAUCUCCUCCGCCACCUUCAUACCCGAACCAUAACAACCCCUCCCCAGUUGCCACCCAGCCCUUCCUGCAUCAUGGCAGGGGAGAAAGGGCCCAACAAGCGAAGCGCCAUGGACAUCAAGCGCCUGGCGAGCCUCAUCCAGAGAGGAUCAGGUCGCUUGCUGGUGAUUGACAGCAGGACGUUUUCUGAGUACAAUGCAUCGCAUGUGCAAGGUGCGGUCAAUGUUUGCUGCUCCAAGUUGGUGAAGAGGCGACUGCAGCAGGACAAAGUGUCAGUCACUGAACUGCUGCAACCCAACGGCAAAGUGAAGGUGGAGCUGGGCAGGAAGCAGGAAGUGGUGGUUUAUGACCAGAACUCCAAAGAGACUGGGCAUCUGUCCAAAGAUGGCUUUGUGCACAUUCUCAUGGGAAAGUUGGAGGGUACCUUCCACAAAGUCUCCCUUCUUACCGGAGGCUUUGCAGCUUUCUCCUCCUGUUUCCCUGGUCUGUGUGAAGGGAAGCCUGCCACUGCUCUGCCAAUGAGCUUGUCCCAGCCCUGUUUGCCUGUUGCUAAUGUAGGGCCCACUCGCAUCCUGCCUCACCUCUACCUGGGUUCACAGAAAGACGUCCUCAACAAGGAUCUAAUGGUUCAGAAUGGAAUCACCUAUGUUCUGAAUGCCAGCAACACCUGCCCCAAGCCAGAUUUUAUCAGUGAGAGCCACUUCAUGCGCAUCCCUGUAAAUGACAACUAUUGCGAGAAAUUGCUUCCAUGGCUGGACAAAACCAAUGAAUUUAUAGACAAAGCUAAGGUGUCAAACUGCAGAGUCAUUGUCCACUGCUUGGCUGGAAUCUCGCGUUCAGCAACCAUCGCCAUUGCAUACAUCAUGAAGACAAUGGGCUUGUCAUCAGAUGAUGCCUACAGGUUUGUAAAGGACAGAAGGCCGUCCAUAUCCCCGAACUUCAACUUCCUGGGUCAGUUGCUGGAGUUUGAGAAGGGCCUGAGAUUGCUCAAAGCUUUAGCUUCUGAUGACAAGAUCUCUGAUAACAACUCCAAGCAAAGCUCAGAGGUUAAUGGAGUCACUACAGGUUGUGAGAUGAAUGGUCACCACAGCAACUGUGACUCAUCUGUGGCAGAGUUACACAUGCCACCAGAACCCAAGCUGCCAUCACCCACAUCCCUCCAGCAAGGCUUCAACGGCCUGCAUCUCUCUGCAGAGAGGAUCAUGGACACUAACCGGCUUAAACGCUCCUUCUCCCUGGACAUUAAGUCUGUCUAUUCUCCUAACAGUUCACACUGUCCCAGUCUGGCACCCACACAUUCUGAAGACGUCCCCAAACUGUGUAAGCUUGACAGCCCAGGAACAGGGACCUCCAAUGGUGUCUACUCACAGUCGCCCGUCCUAGACAGCCCCAGCUCUUCCGACUCUCCAUUCCCCUCACCAGGCAGUGGGGGCAGCAUAGGAGGUUUGGUGCUUUGUGGAAGUGAAGGAGCCCACCGGUCUGGUACCUCCUCAUCCAGAUCCAGAAGAAAACAUAAGCACAGUUGCAACAGUUCUCCAGUCCACUCCCAGCCAAACCAACCUCCACAGUCCCUCAGCUUGUUGCUGGACCACAAGAGCCCCAGCCUGGUUGACAACCUAAAGGGCUCCCUGCUCCUCCCACUACCCUCCCUACCCACUGUGGGGUCUGGGGCCAUGUGGACCAAACACAGAGACACUGUCCAGGCCACCACUCCCGUCACUCCAGUUACUCCAACCACAGAUGCACCCUGGCAUUUCGGGGCAGAGGAAGGUGGUGAGGGAGAGAUGGAGCUGGGAGGAGGGGAUGGAAGGGGAGAGGAGUCGUCGGUGAGGUUCGGGAGCAGCUCAGCAUAUGUGGCUUUUGGGUGCAGCGAAAGUGUGAGGUUACGAGACAAAUCCCAGAGGGAGAAGCCCUCAGCACCACAGACACAGAGAGACCACCGCGACUCCACGUCGUCAUCAGCAGCGGCCAUGUCCUCUGGCUCCAACAACAGCACGCCUGCGUCAGAGAAGCAGUUCAAACGGCGCAGCUGUCAGAUGGAGUUUGAAGAGAGUAUCUCUGAAUCAAGGUCCAGAGAAGAACUAGGAAAGAUCGGGAAGCAGUCGAGCUUCUCUGGUAGCAUGGAGAUCAUCGAAGUGUCCUGACACAUAAUGGACAUGACCAGAGCUGUACCUCAGAGGCAAAAAUGGACCUGAUUAGAGGGAGCGCAAGAGGACGUAAUAGGUGGAGCAGAGGAGGGCUUUUUGUGCUCCCUAAUAGACAGUGUUAAAGACUCCAACUGAGGCUGAGAGUUAAUGUGAAUGGUUAUCAAGCGAAGUAGGAAUCUCACCUGGACAGACAGAGCCUCAGAUGUGAUGCUUAGCUGACCACGCCCAUCCUGAACUCUUAAUCUGAAGUAAAGCCUGGGGGAAGGGGAAAUAAAUGGGUGACUGUUGGUACUGAAACUUUUUAUGUUGAUGAGCUCUGUCAUAGUUGAAAAGAAAUUACCCUGAGCAAAUGUCAUGUUGCAUCCUUAAUAUAUAAAAUUCCUUUACUUUGACAGAUUAGACACAAACUGCUUGCCUGUGGUCAAAUGUAAUUGCUUCAGUGGGUGUAUAGCUUGUGAUUUGAAGCCCCAUAUUUCCUCCCGAAGCUUCACCCUUAUGUCAGAGAGCCGCAGAACCGUGCACGGCUACAUCCGUCCCCUCCCCAGUGGCUCUGCCUGUCACAGACGCUGCAUAACAACAUCAACAGUGGACUCCUUAAUGGCACCGUCUCCUCACCUCAACACAGCACAAAGCAGAGGGAUCCUAAAGACUUAAAAAGGCGGUACUGCAUUAAAACAAUGAAGGAUCCUCAUCUUUUUGUUGAUGAACUUUGAGUCAAAGACUUGUAAUGCUGGGCAGUAUUUUCUCCCUCCCUCAAAGCACAGUGUGUCUUUCCUGACUUUGGCUUUCUUGUUUCCAGUGUUAACAGUGUGAUAGGGCUGAGGUUUCAGGAUGCUCCCCUAAAAAUCCUUUCCAGCUGAACCCAGUUGCCACUUAUGGCCACCAGUGAGCAUGCACCUGAAAGGCUGACUACAGACAGACAAAUACUAUAUAUACAAUAUGAAUAUAUAUAGCGAUUUUAACGGACUUAUCUUCAGUUAUAGUUUUAAUUUAUUGUAUUGGUUCAUUCUGGUAAUGAGAAAUAAUAUAAUGUUUUGUGGAUUUAUUUCUUUUUUCUUUUGUUGAAUUAUUCUUAUUAUUAUUUGCUGUAUGGUAUUUAUGAACACACACUCAUACAAAUACACACAUUCAACUAAUUCAGCAAGCAAUAUGUGCGGUUCCUUCUUUGGAGAGAGUGAUAUAUGACUUUGAAAUGCACUUUUCUGCUUUCCCGCUGCCAGUUACCAUUCACACCCUGGCAACACGAUACUCCAAAAGCCAAGUUUUGCCUUUUUUUUAUAUAUAUAUCUGGGAGGAUGGCAGACGCCCCAUUAAUGGCAUCUAUAAAAACAGGAUCUUUGUUUUGGCUCAACUACAGUGUAAAUUAUUGAAUUUAUCACAUUUGAGGGCUCCAGCAUCAACUAGAAAGACUGUUUUUUUGACAGUGUGCAGAGGGAGUCAGGUAGCUGCACACACUUUGAUCAUGUACAGUAAAACAUGAGGGCUUGCAUAGCAACUAUAUGCAAACAGACACACACUCCUUAACAAGGUCAAGAUUCACAGACUCACAAUGUGAGUACUUUCUGAGCCAACACCAGUUUGUAAGUCAUCGUCACAGCAUGUCCCACCAAAGCUGAAACCAGCCACACACAAGCUCACCCCAAACUGUAUGCACUUACACUUAUAUUCCCACGUCGAGCAUAGGCCCUAUAUUCACCCUUUUGUUCAUUCUCAGGGGAUCUUUCAGUGAGCCAAGCCCAACACAGGGUACACUGCUGCUGGCACAUCAGCACAGUGCAUGUCCAUAAUGCUCCCACGCUCUCUCUCUCUGUCUGUUUUUGCUCUCAUUUCUUCAUUUUCAAAGCUUUGAUUAAAACAGCACAACACCAUGGAAAUAAAAAGCAGGAUCUUCAUGCUCUGAGGUGAAAGGAAUGAAAACAUUUGCUCUCCUGGUGCGAGAUGGUUAUUUAUUUAUGAUGUAAAUGUGUUUGUUUUUCCUUUGACCCUUGAUUAGCUUUACUCUCUGGCGAUCUCUGACCUUUGACCUUAUGCUGCUGCAGUUACAGUAAGUUCCUGUGCUCCCCUGAGGUUCAAACAACCUCUCCUUUUUUCAUCUUCCUCCCUAUAUUUUUAAGAAACAUUGUUAGAAUUAUUUAUGAUAUGUAACAAGGAUGAUGCAGGCUGUCCCAAUUACAAAAUUGUUGUUAUUAUUAUUAUUAUUAUUAUUAUUAUUAUUAUUAUUAUUAUUAUUAUUAUGUAAAUAGGAUCUAAGAACACAGAAUUUAGGUGAGUUUUUAAAAUAAAAAUCCUGAUACCUUAGGCUGCUUAAUGCAAAAAUACCUCAGGUUCUAUUGAAAGGCUUUUCCUUCCCCUGUACAUGUUUUGUGAAAAUGAGACAAAUACAGACAAGACAAAAUACAAA